UGUGAAUCCCGGGCGGGCAGGUUAAACAACACGGGUAGCGCACCAAUUGGAUUUCGUGGUGACUUGCACAUUUCCAGCCAUGAACCUAUUUAAACUUGGCAGGACCGUUUCUUAUUGUUCGUUUUAUAAUGUCCUUUCAAAACCAUAUACUCAAAUGGCAACAAAUUUGGGAGCAGAUAAGGAUUUAGUCCCUCCUUCCUUUAGUGCUGAUAAUAAGGAGUAUCCAAAACACAUACAUGAGAUUGUAAAUCGUAUCAGUUCCCUAACAUUAUUAGAAGUCGCAGACUUGUCAGAACUGUUACAGAAAAAGUUAAACAUCAAGAAUACCGGGCCCAUGAUGCCUAUGAUGGUUCAAGCGCCAACAAACCAACCUCCCGAAGAGCCUGAAGAACAACAAGCGCCUACGAAAACUGCAUUUUCAGUCAAGCUAGUGAAAUUUGAUGCAGCAAAAAAAAUCCAACUUAUUAAAGAGAUCAAACAAGUUAUUCCAGAGAUGAAUCUUGUACAAGCUAAAAAGUUCGUAGAAAGUGCACCUGCCAAUAUAAAGACUGAUGUGAGCAAGGACGAAGCUGAGCAAAUAAAGAAAGUAUUGGAAGAGGUUGGAGCGUCUAUUGCAAUUGAAUGAACAAUAUCAUACACAGACAAAAAAUAGAUACUGUCCAAAUUAAAAAUUAAUAGUGCAUUGUUGUUAUCAAAUAUUAGACAUCCCUCUCAAAGCCAGGUACCCAUUAACGACAUGCUGAGGCAAAUAACGUAUUCUUUUAAACUCGGAACAAGUUGCAUAAUUUAGUUUUGUCAAUGGAUCUGUAUAAGCGGUUGGUAUCCCACUUAAAUCAGAAACUUUCAUAGGUGGACAAAUGCGUGGUGGUGCAUUUAGAUGAUUGUAAAGAACAGCAUCUGGUGAAUAGCUAACCUGCAGUUGAA